AAUACAUGGGAACCUUGUUCUGUUUCAAUGUCUUGUCUUCAUCCAUCACUUCUCCAACUACCCUAUUAUUUCUUAUUUUCACUCCCCUCCAUGAAAGCCAUAGCUCCAAAAUAGCUUCAAUCCCUCCCCCCCAAAAAUGGCUAUUCUCAAACUGAUCUUCAUCACCCUCACUCUACCCCUUCUUUUCCUUCAUUCUUAUGUUGCUGUCUCAAUUUUAGAGCUCCAAAAUGCACUGAAAACCAGUGAAAUUGAUGCCACGGUGAGAAGGGCUUGUUCCAAAAAGCUUGAAGAUUGUUUGGAAAGUGAAGAUAUGGAAUCAGAGACCCAAAGGAGGUUGCUUUUGAUGCAAAGAAGGUACAUUAGUUAUGAAACAUUGAGGAGGGACAUGGUUCCUUGUCAAAAACCAGGUUCUUCUUAUUAUGAUUGUGGUGCUGCUCAAGCUAAUCCUUAUAGUAGAGGUUGUGAGAUUAUUACAAGAUGUGCUAGAGGUAUCAAAGGUACUAAAACCUGAAGAAGAAGAAGAAAAAAGAAGACCUAAAUUUGAUGUCUUUUUUUUAACUGUUAACAGCUUGUUUCUGCAAAUGCUAAUGUGUUUGAGCUGUUUUGUAUUGUAUAUUAGAGAACCUUUACCUUAAAUUUCCUAUAUAUAAAUCCAUGUUUAAUCUUUAGGA